AUGGGCCUCCCACUCGGCCUACCUGACGACGAUAUCGACGUCUGCUUUCCCCUCGCGGAACACCAUCUGCAGACGCGCGUCGAGCCUCGUCGUGAACUCCACCUGCUGCACCUGGUUGCCCAGCAAGCCAGGCUGCGUGGCGAAAUCAUCGAAUUGCGCAACAAGUCGCUACACUACGUCCAGCAUGAUCCUGACCGAGCGACAUCAAUCAUAGCUAAGCUUGGCCAAUGGUGGAACGAUGUUGAGGACUACAUCGACCCGGAUAGCCGAUCAUUCGAUUCCAAUGCGACGAGCAACAUGAACCACACUGCUACUUUUCUUGAGCACAACAGCUACUGGAACAUAUUCGUUGGAACGGAGGGUGCCAACGCUUCAUCAACAGAGUACUCCAACGGCCUAGACCCUUUCUCCGGCUUCGACAUCCCCUUCUGGUUUGAUCAAGAGCAGCAUUGGGAUUUCACAUAG